CAAGACCGCAACGCGCACGAAGCAACGACGACUGCUGACACACAACCGAGCCACUUGCUUGCACCAACAUCUUCAUCAUCUCUUGUUGAAGGGUGGUGCCAUGGUGUCGUUAAGCGACAAGCGGUACGCCAACGCGUUUGGCACGGGAACCAAUGCCGCCGCACGGGAAACCAGCGCGCUGCUGGACAGUAGCAGCAGCAACAGCAGCCGCUUUGCGUCACACAAGUCCAUCAACAGGGGCGGUGCGGUUGCACGAGGACCCAUCAACGGACCGCCUCUGUCGAGCGGAAGCAGACGUGUCCCCGCACCCCGGCACACAAACAAGAAACACAUUGGCGUAGUCGUGCCCGUGGCCAUCGGCAUUCUCCUCAUGUGUGGGCUGGAAGCUGUGUUGUUCGUACCACCGUUUCGACUCGGCACACACUUGCUUGACGCACACAAGGCACCGUACGCCUUUCUCUGCAUCAUCCACGUUGCUGUAUGGCUGGUACUGGUUGGCAUCUACCGGUAUGGGGAGCACUGCCACCACAACUCGCGGCUGAUGGGGUACCUGCGCUUCUACAGAGAUACGCAGCUGCUGCGCCGUGUACCCGUCAUUGGCAUGUCUCUUGUCAACGCCAUCCUGCUGGUUUUCACCUCCUUCUGGUCCACAAACGAUGAGGCCACCAUGGACCGCCAAAACCUCAUCCAGAUUAUCGUCUCCGUUGAAAUGGCAAUCUCCCUUCCAUCAUACAUCAUCUACCUCGUGAAAGUGAUUCGGUUCAAUCGGAGCCGGGCGCCACCAGACGCGCACGUGGAGUUUCAACUCAACGGCAACAGCACCAUCAGCAUGGACGCUGGCGAGAUGGACGGCGAUGUGGAUGUGGACGACCUGCUUGAGCGACAGUCGGACAUGCUCAAGUACAUGCGUCAGUACACCGCGAAUCUGCAGACGGAGAUCUUCGCACUGCAGGCUGAGCUGCGACUCACACGCUAGCACCAGCAAGUGGGCGACACCCUUGUUGUCGACACCCUUGUUGUCACAUCACACCUUUGAACAUUAUUGUUGCCACUGUGCGCUUACCUCUUUGCACGGGUUGCUGCUUUUCAUCAGUGUUGUGCUUGCCCUAGGUUACUUCCCACAGUUACAUGAUUUUGAAUGCCCUGUUUGUCACGCCUGUUGUUGCGGAUGUGAGAUCGUUGUCGUUGCAAUUGUGAUGUGCGGAGUGUGCAUGCACCCCACCGUUCGUCCCUGUUUAUACACGCGUCUCGCGCGUGCCUGCUCCCCUGCUCCAUUGCAAUGCACUCGCCCGAUGCACGCCCUCUCGUCUGUGUUGUGUAUGUAUUCGUGUGCCCGCGCCCCUGUUGAGGUACGGCAAUUGGAUGUCAGAUCACAUCACCUGAUGUCAUGUGACUGGUGUUUGCUUCACUUCUUGUGUUUACGGUGGAGACACAGCCCAACAAGUCACGUGCAGGAAAGAAGACGAAGAAGUCGUGGAAGGAAGGAAAGGAAAUAGAG